AUGGCUCCGCCAUGUGCGCCUGUCCAGCUGUUUCUCGAUCAACUUGGCAAUAUGUUCUACAUUAGUCCCUUCCACUUUGGAAGAACUCGACCCCGAGUUAUCUUCAAGAUAGAGUGGAUCAUCUUCAUGGAAUGCAUACAGUACAGCCCAGCAACAUUGAAAGUGCUUGACAUCUCUAUGGAUGGGGGCACGUCCACAACAUAA